AUGCAUUUUGGGAAGCUAGUGAGUAGUCUGUACUGUGGCUAUGCUAAAUAUACCGACGGGAUCCCUCAAGUUGUUUCAUUGUACUUGAAGCCAUUUUCAGUUGUGAACAGUGGUCAGCAAAAAAUGUCUCGUGAAAAACACGCAGAAAUGAAAGGUAUGAAAAAGCAAGAUGAAUAUCCCGACGACGAUUCUGAGAAGGUGGGAAGAAACAGUAGUGAGAAUGCGGAGCAAACUCCAAAGAAAUUAGGAAUAAAUGAGAAUGGCGGUACUGAGUUGGAAAAGGGAGAGUUAGUCGAAAGAAAUAAAAAGGAUGAAGAAAGAGAGCUUGCACGAGAAGAUGUCUGCAGAGACUUUCUAAAUAAUAUGUGCAAUCGUGGCUCAAGAUGUAAAUUUUAUCAUCCUCCGAGUAUUGUUCGACAACGAGCAUCACAGCAAACACCAGAAGGCAUCGAAUAUCGAUUUUGCAUUGAUUAUCAGAAUCGUGGCUGCCAUCGUGAUAACUGCCGCUAUAUUCAUGCGCAUCGGGAGGAUGUUGACCGUUACAAAAUGACAGGGGAGGUGACGCUUAACUUAGCGCGUGAAAUUGCUGCAGUUUAUAAUUGCGAUACUAUCAAUGGUAUACCAUUUUGCAAAGAAUACCAGACAGGCUCAUGUUCACGCGGUGGACAACGGUGUCGCUAUUGGCAUAUUAACGUUGAGGAAGAGCGUGAGCGACGCCGCCGAGUACCACGCGGCAUGCCAGCUUCUGUUUUGCCAUCCUUAACGCGAGGAUCAGUCCUAGCAUUAUCGUAUUCUACUUACCCCGGUCGUCGUCCGCAUCCAUAUGGUACUGCUGAUGCCUAUGUUGCAUAUAGCAAGCGUGUGCGUUACGAUCUGGAUGAUGAUUACGUGCGUGAUUUGGAACGUAGAAAUGCAGAAUUAAGUAAAGAAGUUGAGGGGCUUAAACGUGAGCUCGCGCGUGAACGUGAACGUUAUGGCGAUCUCUACGCGUUAUUUCGCCAACGUACCACCAUUACAACAACGCAGCAAAACCACGCUAAUGCAAUCCCCGCCGCCGCGGCCUACUACGAGGCUGCAUCAUCAACAGGGUGGACAGAUACACAGUGGACUCAUUGA